AUGACGGAUCCUAUGCCAUUUAUAAAAGAUUUCCUUGCUGGUGGUAUAGCUGCCGCAAUUUCGAAAACAGUUGUGGCACCAAUUGAAAGAGUGAAACUUUUGCUGCAAGUUCAAGCUGCAUCCAAACAAAUAGCGAAGGAAAAAGAGUACAAAGGAAUGAUCGAUUGUUUUGUUCGCAUACCUAAAGAACAAGGGUUUCUUAGUUUCUGGAGAGGGAACUUGGCCAAUGUAAUUCGAUAUUUUCCAACUCAAGCGUUGAACUUUGCUUUCAAAGACAGGUAUAAGACUAUUUUUCUGGGAGGCGUAGACAAGAAUACACAAUUUUGGCGUUAUUUUUUAGGAAAUUUGGCUUCGGGUGGAGCUGCCGGAGCAACAUCUUUAUGCUUUGUGUAUCCCCUUGACUUUGCACGAACAAGAGUGGGAGCGGAUGUGGGAAAACUUGGACAAGAGAGACAAUUCACGGGUCUGUGGGAUUGUCUUGUGAAAACAGUGAAGUCUGACGGCUAUUUCGGAUUGUAUAAAGGUUUCACUGUGUCUGUUCAAGGUAUUAUAAUAUACCGUGCUGCCUAUUUUGGAUUCUUUGAUACUGCCAAAGGAAUGUUGCCAGAUCCUAAGAAUACUCCAGUCUACAUUUCGUUUCUCAUAGCUCAGUGCGUGGCAACGUUUGCAGGACUGUUGUCUUAUCCCUUUGAUACAGUAAGAAGACGCUUGAUGAUGCAAACUGGACGCAAGAAGGGUGAUGUAAUGUACAAGAACACCUUAGAUACUUGGAUAAAAAUAACAAAAAAUGAAGGUCCUGCUGCAUUUUUUAAGGGCGCCUUUUCAAAUGUUAUAAGAGGCACAGGCGGUGCUCUUGUAUUAGUGCUGUUUGAUGAAGUUAGGGCCUUUAUUAAUUAG